GCUUUAUCUUCCUUAGUAAAAUUCAACCCCCCGCCAAUUUCUGAUUCCGCCGUCUUCUUCGAAUAGAUCCACCCAAAAAGACAAGAUUUUUUUGCAAUUCAUCAUCUUCAUCUACUGCUUCAGUUCUACCCAUUUUCUCGCUUCGCUUAUGGGGAACAAGGUCAUGGAUGAAAUGGUUACCACACUUCGGUCAGUCGUUGGUGAAUGUUACUCGGACAUGGAGAUAAUUCGAGCCCUUCACAUGUCAAAGAAUGAUCUUACAGCCGCAGUCAACAUAAUCUUUGACACCCCCAGUUUCAUGAAGCCAGACAAACCGACUCAAAAUCAGAGCCCUAAGACGAAAAUCGCUGUUGCAAAAUCGAAAGAAAAUGUAGAGGAAAGGGUUCCAAUUGCUCGAAACCCUAAUUUGGUUUCUGGGGAUUCGGAAAAACCUUCAACUUCGAGUUCUAUGGAUAUGGAUAGUGAGUGGUGGCUUGUGGCUUCGAGUGAUGUUUCCGGUUUAUCAACUUGUAAAGGGAGGAGAUUGAAAUCUGGUGAUGAAGUGAAUUUUACUUUUCCAUUGAAGAAUGCUGCUGCUGGACCUUCGCCUGGUAGGUUUGGUGGUAGAGGGAGACAAUCAGCUGCUGCUUGUUCGGAGAUUGUUAGAUUUUCUACUAAAGAUAGUGGAGAGAUUGGAAGAAUCCCCAAUGAGUGGUCAAGGUGUCUUUUGCGAUUAGUGAGAGAUAAGAAAGUUAAAAUUGAGGGAUUUUGUAAGUAUGCUCCUGAUAUGUUGGGCAUUAUGGACACUAUUGUUUUGGUGGUAAGUGUGUACAUCAACAGCUCCAUGUUUCGUAAACAUCAUCAAACCUCUCUUAAAACAGAUGGAAGCUCGACUGACGAUUCUGUUGUGCACCCACUUCCAACUCUUUUUCAAUUGCUAGGACUCACUCCUUUUAAGAAGGCAGAAUUUACUCCAAGUGACUUAUAUACAAGGAAACGUCCUUUAAAUUCUCAGCAGGAUAGUUCUGGUAUUCCUGCUUCAUUGAUGCAUGCUAACAAGCUUAAGAACCCCUCUUCAGAUGAAAGUAAUGUUGAAAAUGAGGAGUGCAUUUCAGAUGCUGAUAUUGGAAAUAUUGUUGGUGUUGGCAAUAGUUCUCAGUUGGAGGAAAUGGAACCUCCUAAUACUCUUCUGUGUGACCUUCGUCCCUACCAGAAGCAGGCCCUUAACUGGAUGCUUCAACUAGAGAAGGGGAAAUGCUUGGAUGACGCAGCAACCACAUUGCACCCUUGUUGGGAGGCAUACCGCCUUGAAGAUAAGAGGGGGCUCGUAUUGUACUUGAAUUCAUUUUCUGGUGAUGCAACAACUGAGUUUCCCAGUACCCUUCAGAUGGCCAGAGGAGGAAUUUUGGCAGACGCAAUGGGACUUGGGAAGACCAUUAUGACUACAUCUCUUCUCGUUGCUCAUUCAGAAAGAGGGGGUUCACCAGGAUGUUCCUCUAUUGAUGACACUGAUAGUACAUUGGAUCCGUCUCCAACAACCUCAAGGAAGGCUAUAUCGCUUUCUGGUUUUGAUAAGCUCCUAAAGCCAAAGAAAUCACAUAUUGGAGGUGGUAAUUUAAUUGUAUGCCCAAUGACUCUUCUUAACCAGUGGAAGGCUGAGAUUGAAACUCAUGUACAACCUGGGUGUUUGAGCCUUUAUAUUCAUUAUGGACAAAGCAGGCCCAAGGAUGCAAAGGUUCUAGCUCAGAGUGAUGUUGUGUUAACCACCUAUGGUGUUCUAGCAUCAGAGUUCUCAAAUGAGAAGUCUGAGGAGAAGGGGGGUCUUUACUCUGUAAGAUGGUUUAGGGUGGUUCUUGACGAAGCACACACCAUAAAAUCUUCUAAGAGCCAAAUUUCUACGGCUGCUGCUGCACUUGUUGCAGAUCGCAGGUGGUGCCUUACGGGUACGCCUAUCCAGAACAACCUUGAAGACAUUUAUAGUCUCCUACGCUUUUUAAGGAUUGAACCAUGGGGUAACUGGGCAUGGUGGAAUAAACUGGUACAGAAGCCUUUUGAUGAAGGUGAUGAAAGAGGGUUAAAGUUGGUCCAAUCCAUCUUGAAGCCUAUUAUGUUAAGGAGAACAAAAUCUAGCACAGAUCGUGAUGGAAGGCCAAUUUUAGUUCUCCCACCAGCAGAUGUUCAGACAAUCUACUGUGAACUCACUGAGGCUGAAAAAGACUUCUACGAAGCUCUAUUUAAAAGAUCUAAGGUGAAAUUUGAUCAAUUUGUCGAGCAAGGGCGAGUUCUUCACAAUUAUGCCUCUAUUUUGGAACUAUUAUUACGCCUACGUCAGUGUUGUGAUCAUCCAUUUCUUGUGAUGAGUCGAGGUGAUACACAAGAGUUCUCAGAUCUGAAUAAACUAGCCAAACGGUUCCUUAAAGGUGGUAAGGAUGCUAUCGAAGGGGACUCAAAAGACUUGCCCUCACGGGCUUAUAUACAAGAGGUUGUGGAAGAGUUGCGAAAGGGGGAACAGGGAGAAUGUCCAAUAUGCCUUGAAGCUUUUGAAGAUGCUGUAUUGACACCAUGUGCUCACCGCCUUUGUAGAGAAUGCCUGUUAACAAGCUGGCGAAAUGCCUCAUCUGGACUUUGUCCUGUUUGUAGGAAGACUGUUAGCAAGCAAGAUCUCAUUACCGCACCAACUGACAGUCGAUUUCAGGUAGACAUUGAGAAAAACUGGGUGGAGUCAUCCAAAGUUUCAGCUUUAUUGCUGGAGUUAGAGAAGCUUCGUCCAUCAGGAUCGAAAAGUAUAGUCUUUAGUCAAUGGACUGCUUUUCUAGACCUUUUGGAGAUUCCCCUCUCCAGGAGUAAUAUAACCUUUGUCCGUCUGGAUGGUACUUUAAAUCUACAGCAGCGUGAAAAAGUGAUAAAGAUGUUCUCGGAAGAAAGUCAUAUCCUGGUUUUGCUUAUGUCACUGAAGGCAGGUGGAGUUGGCAUCAAUUUGACCGCAGCUUCCAGUGCCUUUGUGUUGGAUCCCUGGUGGAAUCCAGCAGUAGAAGAACAAGCUGUUAUGCGGAUACAUCGGAUAGGACAAACUAAAAGUGUUAUGAUCAAGAGGUUUAUUAUCAAGGGAACAGUUGAGGAAAGAAUGGAGGCAGUGCAGGCAAGAAAACAACGGUUGAUAUCAGGUGCCUUGACCGACCAAGAAGUCCGGUCAGCUCGCAUUGAAGAACUUAAAAUGCUUUUCACAUAGAACUGAGAAAGAGACUGCUCUCAGCCAAAAUGACAGCCCUCCUCGGAAAAGCCCACCACAUUAUUGUGCAUGGUGAUGAUAAGAGUAUAAAAGAGCAAAAGCAAGGCUAAGUGAUUAGGUGAGAACUGGAAAUGUACAAAAUGAAUGGGGAGAAAUAUGAACAUCUAGAAAAGAGGUUAAAGUUGGAGUUCAAAUCCUUUUUGCAGCUAUGUAUCGGAAAUAAUAGAAUUAAGAGGGUCAUUAUUUAUUGACAUGACCUAAAAAUAUAAUUAUUUUUUUGUUUGUAUCAAAUCGUUCUAAGUGAAUCCAUUCAUUUGUCAUUAACAUAUA